AUGCGGGUUCUCUAUUGGAAUAUUAAUGGAGUUGCUCAUGAGGCAGCUCAAUGUAAACUUAGGGAGUUAAUAAGAGAUUUCAAGCCUGAAUUUUUUUGUCUUGCGGAACCAAAGGUACACUGCUCGGUUGCUUUUGGCAACAGACUUCAAUUAGAGGGUUUUUCUUCUCAUGUUAAUCAUAAUGCUACUGCUAAUAGUAUUGCUAAUAUUUGGGUUUGUUAUUUGAAUUCAAUAAAUCCUUCUAUAAUCAAUAGGAGUAAACAAGCCAUUACUAUUGAGGUUGAAGGAGUUCAUAUUUCUUUUUUUCACGCUAGUUAUGUUCAAACUACUAGAAGAAGACUUUGGCAGCAAUUUAAUAAUCAAGAUGAUGUUACUCUAUGGCUUGUUAUGGGUGACUUCAACUGUAUUCUUCGGCUUGACGAGAAGAAAGGAGGUCUUGAACCAAGAACUUCAGCUAUCAAUGAAUUUUCGGAUUGGUUAGAUGACAAUAAUCUUUUUGAAGCGGAUUCUUUGGGUACUAAAUUCACUUGGACUAAUAAACAAUCGGGUACUGAUAGAAUUAUUAGUAAGCUUGAUCGUGCUGUUAUUAAUGCUGCUUGGCUUGCAAAGUUUGAGAAUUGGCGGUGUAAAGCUCUUCUUAGGGAAGUUUUCGACCAUUCGACUCUCUUGGGUUAUUCUUUUGUUGUUCCAAGGCCUAAGAGAGCUCCUUUUCGUAUUCAGAAAAUGUGGUUUUUGCACGCUGAUUUUCUUGGUAUGGUUAGUGAAAGUUGGAAUAUGCCUGCUCACGGGUCUCUUGACUUUAUUAUUACUUAUAAAUUGAAGAGGCUUAAAGGUGUGAUCAAGCAAGAUCAAUUGAGGUUUGAAGAUGCUGCUCUUCAUUCGGAUGAAAAUCUUAGUGAUAUUACUAAUCUCAAUCUUAUGAAAGAAGCUAUGUCUAAGCUAAAUUAUGACCAGGUACGUGAUCAUGUUGUGCAAUAUUAUGAGAACAAAUUCAAUGGUCAGGAGUUGGACUAUGAAUUUAGUUUAUUUGAUUACGAGCAUCCUAGCAUCUCGGAGGUGGAGAGUCUUUCCAUGGACAGAAUUCCUUCUCCAGAGGAGAUAAAGCAAGUUGUUUUUGAUUUGGGAGCUGACAGUGCUCCAGGUCCAGAUGGGUUUUCUGGUUGUUUCUAUCGUCAUUGCUGGGAAAUUAUUCAGGAUGAUUUGAUCAAGAUUCUCGCUACAAGGCUAGGUAGUGUUUUGGAUAAUCUGGUUUCUGAGGAACAGGUUGCGUUUAUGAAAGGGCGUAAUAUCCAUGAAAACAUUAGUUUGGCUUCUGAAAUGGUUAAUGAACUUCACCUUAAGCGCAAAGAUGGUAAUAUUGGCCUUAAGCUUGAUAUUUCUCAGGCUUUUGAUACAAUAAAAUCUCAACUUGCUGGUUGGAAGGGUUUCUCCUUAUAUUUUCAUGAUCGUAUUGUGCUUGUUAAAUCUGUCAUUGCUAGUUAUUCUAUUCACAACAUGGCUAUUUACAAAUGGCCUCGCAAAUUUAUUUUGCAAUGUGAAAGGGAUGCAAGGAAUUUUAUCUGGACGGGUGAUUCUAAUGUUAGCCGUGCAGUGGUAGUAGCUUAUGACGAAGUUUGUUGUCCUUUUGAGGAGGGGGGCCUUGGCUUAGCUCGUAUGUCUACUAAGAAUGAUGCUCUUAUCAUGAAACUUAGGUGGAAUAUUCGUACUUCUAAGAAGAAAUGGGCUGGUUUUCUUCGUGCCAAAUUUUUUGGUAGGAAUGGUUGUAUCAAAUUCAAGGGGGUGAAGUCUUCUAUUCUUCCGGGUAUUAGGAAGAUUUACAAGCUGGUGGAAUCGAACAAUAGAGUUUUCUUAGGUGAUGGUCGUACUACUUCCUUGUAUUAUGAUGCAUGGUACUCGGAUAGGUGUUUUUCUGACAUCCUUAAUGACCAAACCGUUGAUAGAAAUGUGCUGUUAGGUGAUUUUUGGUUAGCUGAUCACUGGGAAUUCCCUGAAGUGCAUAUGGAUCGUAUGUUACAAGCUGGUGUCAUUGCAGCUCAAUUGCCUAUUCCGAAUGGUGGGGAUGAUCAAGAGUUUGGAUGCCAUAUUAUACAUGCUCUUUUUCCGUCAUUUCAGAUAAAGAUUUGA